UUCACCCCAACAGCCGUUGUAAUAUUCCAAAAUUGAAUGAAAUAGAUGAACUGUCGUCUCUUUCUUACAAAACCGCGCGAUCAUGUUGAUUCCGGUAAAGCGCUAGAAUCAGUCAUGCGCUGGCUUUGUCGAAGGCUGGACUGUUUUUAUUUUUUUUUAAAGUGACACAAAGCUAAAUAAGCCGGUGUAUUACAUACAGCAUGGCGUCUUCUUCUAGGGCACGUAAAAUAUUAGGCUUAGUCGAAAAUAAUUUAUCAUCCGAUAACAACAAUAAAGUAGCUGUCAAUGAAAAACCCCAAUACAUCAAUAACCAAAGUUUUAAUAGUCUGGUGCCCUGUUAUGAUAGUGAUAUGACUAUGAGCGAUAACGAAAAUACGACACGUGAUAUGAACUCUCCUAGUAAAAUAGUGGCCACAAACAUUCUGGGAGUUACUUUGCCUUCAUCUUCAUCCAGCUCCAGCAGCUCAUCAUCUGACUCGUCUUCGUCCAGUUCUGGUUCGAAUUCAGAGACCAAAAGCUUGCAUGAAACAAACCCCUUGCCUCAUGUUUCAUGUACAGAUGAAGAAAAUGACGUUAUCGAAAAUACUCCCCCAGAGCAACUGAACAAGAAUAGGCAGAAGAAAAGCAAUCUAAGAAGACAAGAGACACGAAAUUAUCAGAUAUCUCCUUUGCAUGCCGAUGAAAGUGACGUUGAUCUGAGUGAUACAGAUCCAACUUUCAUAAACACUGGGCCCGAACGAAGGAAAAACUACUUAUUUAUUGGAUCAAGCUCUUCCAGUUCAUCAAUGUCCGAAAUGGCUGUAACUUCUCCUCGAAAAAGGGGGCGCAAACGUACAAAAAAUCCCUCGAAAUGGAAGCAGAACCAAAUUAAAUGCAUGCGCAAUAUGGGAAAAUCUUAUGUUUCCUCGUCAAAGUCGAAGAAACAGAUUCCAGCCCGAAGUCUCAAAGAACCUUGCACAGAAAAAUGCAGGCUAAAAUGUACUGAAAAAAUCAGCAUAGACAGUAGGUAUAACAUAUUUCGAAAUUUCUGGGAUUUAGGAGACUUGUUGAGGCAAAGGGCUUACAUUCGUUCAUGUAUGAAAGAAAUUGAGCCUAAAUACAAAUAUUCAAACGCUGCGCAGCCUAGGCGCAACAACAAAAGUUUUUAUUUUAUCGUUGACAAUAUUAACAUUAGAGUAUGUAAAACCUUUUUCAAGUCAACUUUGGAUAUAUCAGAUCGUAUGAUAUUUACCGUACAGACUAAAGUCAACGAUCAUGGUUUUGAACUAGAAGAUCUAAGAGGAAAACAUAAUAAUCAUAGAAAAAUAGAUCCCCAAAUUAGAAUUGACAUAAAAAAACACAUUAAUUCUAUUCCUAAGAUAGAAUCGCAUUAUUUAAGGUCAAACACCACAAGAGAAUACAUAGAGAGCAGUAAAACUAUUAAAGAUUUGUAUAAUGAUUUUAAAUUACAACAAGAAGAGAUAAAUAAAGAAGCCGGAACAUACAUAACAUAUUAUAAAAUCUUUACCACAGAAUUUAAUCUCGGAUUUUUUCAACCAAAAAAGGACCAAUGUGAUCUAUGUACCUCUUACCACAAUUCAAAUGCUGAUCAGAAAAUCCCCCUAGAAAAAGACUAUAUGACACAUUUAGAAGAAAAGAAUAUUAGUAGGAUUGAAAAGCUUAACGAUCGAAAAAAAGUAAAUGAUAAUUUUAAAGUAGUUGUCUAUGAUUUAGAAGCUGUUCUGCAGUGUCCGAGGGGUGAUAGUUCAGCAUUCUAUUAUAAGUCAAAGUUAAAUUGCUAUAAUCUUACUGUAACAGAAUUGACAAAUAAGGAUUCUAAAGUAGCUUAUGAAAAUGUACAUUGUUAUUUUUGGACAGAGUGUGAUGCAAAACGUGGCGCUGUAGAAAUUGGCACAUGUAUUUGGAAUUACUUAAAAGCUAUAAGUGACCAAGAUGAGAACGAAAAGGAAAUUGUAUUCUACUCCGACAACACGUUUAGCCAAAAUAAGAAUAAAUACAUAACUUCCCUGUAUCUAUUUGCUGUUCACACAUUGAAGAUUAAAAGUAUUACACAUAAGUUUUUGAUUAGGGGACACACGCAAAAUGAAGCCGAUAGUGUACACAGUCUGAUUGAAAAGGAAGUAAAAAGAAACUUAAAGUCGGGCCCAAUAUACACGCCCGAUCAAUAUAUAGCUUUAAUAAAGAAUGCCAAAAAGAGUAAACAGGCUUUAAAUGUACACGAAUUAAAUUUUAAAGAAUUUUAUGAUUUAAAAGCGUUACAAGAAGAUUGGGGUUAUAAUUUUACUACAAAUACAGAUGGGCAAACAGUUAAUUGGAAUGAGAUAAAAGUUUUAAGUAUGACCAAAGAGAACCCUACUAUUAUUUUUUAUAAAACAUCAUACAAAGAAGAUUGUUACAAAGAAGUAGAUGUAAGAAAUAAAAGAAAGAAAAUGAUACCUACAACAGAAGUGACACUUAAGUCAGCCUAUACAGCUAAACAAGAAUUGAGUGUAAACAAGAAGAAAGAUUUGAAAGAGCUUGUUUCGAAAACCUUGAUUCCCUCGUAUUAUGCUGAUUUUUAUAACUCUAUAAUUUAAAUUGUGCAUUUUUAGUCCUUUUAUUAAAUUGUGUGCCGAAUAUGAGCCAAAUUGUGAAUUAUGUAACUUUAUGUAUCGCAUUGUGAUGUUAUAAGUUGUUUUUUUAUUUUUAUACACUACUUUAAGAAGUCAAUACUUUUUGUUAUGAGUAUACAGUUAUGUUGAUUUUAUUUUUUUAUAUUUUAUACCUAAUUCUAUAAUUCGAAUUGUGCCAUUUUCUAGUUUUUUCAGAGUAUUGUGCCGAAUAUGAGCAAGACAGUGGAUUAUAAAACAGAAUGUUGAUGUUAUUGAAGUUGAUUUUAUUGGUAUAUACAAUACUUUAAAUACUUUUUGUAAAGAGUAUGUAAACAUUAAGUUUAUCGAUUUGUUGAUUUCUUUUUUAAAUAUUAUGUACCUAACCUACCUACUUUGUUAAUUAAGAAGUCGUAUGCUGAUCUCACCAUUACUUUUGAGACUGAUA